AUGAAACUUGAUGAUGCUAUAUGGGCCUAUAGAACAGCCUACAAAACUCAUAUUGGCACGUCUUUAUACAAGCUAGUUUUCAGUAAGGUAUGCCAUCUACCGGUUGAACUUGAGCACAGAGCUUAUUGGGCAAUAAAGAAGCUGAACUUGGACUUGGUACAAGCCGGUGACAAGAGGUUGUUGCAGCUGCACGAGUUGGAUGAACUUCGCUAUCAUGCUUAUAAGAACACGAAAAUGUACAAGGAGAGAACUAAGAGAUUGCACGAUAAGCGAAUCCAACCUUGUGAGUUUGAGCCUGGGCAGUUAGCGCUACUAUAUAAUUGUCGUCUGAAGAUUUUUGGUGGGAAGUUGCAGAGUAAGUGGUCUGGGCCGUUUAAGGUGGUUUGUGUGACCGCACAUCCUCUUGAGCUAAAGCUGCUUAAUGCAGAAUGA